GCAGUGUAAUGUGUUGAACUAUAAAUACGAGGCUCAAGAAACAAGCAGAGAACAUGCUCGAAACCAACCCCGCUCGCUCAGGAAAUCGGUCGAACACCUCACGGGUGAGCGAAAGAUGCCUUAUUCACGGCCCUCCCCCACCGUUCAUACCAUCUCCACAUGCACCGUGAAACCCCCACCCCGUCCCCGCCGUAUAUGCCAUCUAACGCCGUGGGACAUCGCCAUGCUCUCCACCCACUACAUCCAAAAGGGCCUCCUCUUCGCCAAUCCCCCUUCCUCCUCCUCUCUCAACCCAAAACAACUCAUCGAGCAACUCAAAUCCUCCCUCUCCGUCGCUCUCCUCCAAUUCUACCAGCUCGCCGGCCGCCUCGUAACCGAGGAGGAUCGUGAUGCCGACGGCGAAGUCAAAAGCACGUCGGUGUACAUCGAUUGCAAUGGCCAGGGCGUGGAGUUCGUCCAUGCGGCCGCCGACAGAAUUAAAGUUGCUGAUGUGUUGGCAUUAUCAGGCGACCUGCCUAAGUUUCUGCAUGAUUUUUUCCAACUCGACGGGGCUGUCAACCACCACGGUCAUUUUAGCCCGCUGCUCAGCGUGCAGUUGACCGAGCUGGCGGAUGGCGUGUUCUUGGGAUGCUCGUUCAAUCACGUUGUCGGAGACGGCACGUCCUACUGGAAAUUCUUCAACGCCUGGGCCGAGAUCGCGCGAGCCGCCGACGGCGGCGGCGGCGGCCUCUCCCGCCCUCCGGUCCACGACCGCUGGUUCGUCGACGGCUACGGCGCCCCUCCUCUCAAGCUACCACUGACGGAUCCGAGCCGCUUCCUCGAACGGUUUGCUCCGCCGCCGCUGCGGGAGAGGAUGUUCCACUUCUCGCGCGAGGCCGUGGCGAGGCUGAAGGCGAGGGCGAACGAGGAGUGCGGGCGAGGCGACUUGUCGUCGUUCCAGUCGCUGAGCGCGCUCCUUUGGCGCGCCGUCACGCGCGCGCGGGGCCUCGCGCCGGGGCAGGCGACGAGCUGCCGCGUGGCCAUCGAAAACCGAGCGCGGCUGCGGCCGCCGCUCGCGAAGGAGUACUUCGGGAACUCGAUAUACGUCGUCGCCGCGUCGGCCACGGCGGGCGAGCUCCUCGCGCAGGGAAUCGGGUGGGCCGCGGCGCUGGUGAACCGGGCCGUGGCGGAGCACACGGACACCGAGAUCAGGGCUAAGUUGGGGGCAUGGAUGGCGCGGCCCUUUGUGUUCACGCUCCGUGAGUUUUACGAGAACAGCGUGAUGGUGGGGAGCUCGCCGCGGUUCGACAUGUACGGGUGCGAGUUCGGGUGGGGGAGGGCGGUGGCGGCGCGGAGCGGCGGGGCGAACAAGUUCGACGGAAAAAUAUCGAUGNAUCAUUCUCGGUGGUGUUUUUCAUUGUUUAACGUUGAGUGGUGUUGA